AUGCGUCUGAACAGUGAAAAGAAGAAGCUGUCAGUCUGGCUUACAAAAGUCCCAAAGUAUCUUGGAGAACAAAUUUUGAAACUGAGAAAGGGGUCAGUGGUUGGAACAUUGAGUGUAGGACGCUCAUCCCCUGCUGAGACACCUGCUCUCCAAAUCAAGCUUUCAAAUGCAUUACUAGACACAGGAAUACCCACAGAGCACAUAAUAGAAAUAAAAGAUAAGGGAAAAUGCAUGUAUCUUGCUAGUCACUGCAGAGACAACGCAGAAUUAAAUGAGGAGACAAUGGACGUGGAGGGUAUUAUAAACAAAGAGUGUUUCAUAAGACCAGUGCUAAAUUCAGAGUAUCUUCAAUAUAAACGAAGAAUGAAGAAUGCUGAGGAGAGCACUGAGGAAAAGGUGAAGGUUAUUGAUUACUUUGCAGAGGUUAAAAGAAGUGCUAAAUACAGUACAUUGAAGGAAAUGGAUAUUCUUGCUAGGAAAAGGAAGCAGAUGCUCCAAGACAAAAAGAGAGAAAGGCUGGAAAAGACAGAUGUUAUGGAGAUUGUUUUCAAUGCAUUUGAGAAGCACAAAAGAUGGACAGUCAGGGACUUGGCAGAUUUCAGUGGACAGCCAGUUGCAUAUAUCCAAGAAAUAGUCAAUGAGAUAUGUGUUCUUAAUAAGAAAGACCACAAGAACACGUAUGAAUUGAAGCCUGAAUACAAAUAUCACUAA